CGUGCGCCUCCCGGCCAGAGAGAACCCGGCGCGUGUCCUCCGCUUAUACGCCUGCACGGUCGGAGAGAGGCGGCGGCGUCGGCAGCUGCCAGCGUCGAUGCACCGUCGCGUGCCGCGGCCGCUCCGGCUACGACUGCGCUGCUGCUCCUCCUGAGGUCGCCGCCCAACAAAGAAAACAAGAAAAAAAAAGCUAAAAAGGCGCAGCGGUAGCUGCGGCUGCGACAAAAUACCGAGGCACCCCCCCACCACUUCGCGCGCCUCCGCGCCGCCAAGUCGAGGCUUCCAAGUGUGGUGCACAGAUCGCGGAAGGCCGUCCACGUCUGAAACCCCCAAACUCGCCUGAAAUCGUCGCCUUUCCGCCGGAUGUGUGCGUGGUGUGUGUUCGUCUUUACGCGCCAGCGACGAUCGAAAGUCCACAUGCAUCGGCCCAUCUUUUUUUGCUUUUUGCCUCCUUUCCGUCUCGACUGACCGUCACUCGUGUUCGCCUUAGAAGUGGUGAAUUCUUCCCUAGUUCUUGGAAGUAGCCUUUUUGAUUUUUUUUUUGUUUGUUUUUGUUUCACUUUGUCACUUCGGUUGCAUUUGUGCCUGCGCUCCCAGUCCAGACGAACCGCGAGUUUUGUUCUACCAGCAGUGAUGUUCACGGAUUAACCGCCGCACGGACCAAAAAAAAAAAAAAGCACAGGAAAAAAAAAAAAAAAAAAAGAUGGCUUGAAACAAAAUUCCAAAUCUUCCAGCAUGCUUUUGCACGCCGUCCUCGUUCCCGGGGUGUGACCGCGCGCAAACGAUCAAGCUCAGCGUGGAUGCAUCGUCGUCGCUUGACCGGAUCCACAGCUCUCACUUCGCCGACGUCGCCCCGCCGACCCGACCGCUUCGAUGCGGGUGUAGCACCCUCCGUGUGCCCGGGGCUUGUUCAGACUUGCUUCUAUCGGGGUGCGGACUUCGCGCUCUGCGAGACGAUCGCCCCUCGGGAAAGAGGAAAGACCUCGAAGGAGACGACCCCCCGUUUCGACGAGUUCGCUGUGUGUCGUCGCCGCGCGUGGACUCUUGCGGACGAUGAGAAGAAGCUGACGCGCUGAGAGGAAUGAAGCUGCCGCUGCGGCGUCCACCCGGCUCGCGGCCCGGCCUCGCCGCGUUGCUCACGACCUGGUUGCUGCUGCUUCUGAUGCCCCUCGGAUUGCGAGCCCUGCCACCGGUCAUCAGAGUCGGUGGCCUGUUCGACAACGCGGAUGACGAACAGGAGUUCGCCUUCCGUGUGGCCAUCGACCGCAUCAACAACGACAACGGGGUCCUGCUGCGGUCUCGACUCCUGCCGCACAUCGAGCGCCUCGACAAGGACGACAGCUUCCGAGCCACCAAAAAGGUGUGUUCGCUGCUGAGCACGGGCAUCGCGGGCAUCCUUGGCCCUUCGUCGGACGUGACCAGCAUGCACGUGCAGUCCAUCUGCGACGCCCUGGACAUACCGCACGUGGAGAUGCGCUGGGACUUCCAGCUGCAGCGCGACGACCUGUCCAUCAACCUUUUCCCCAAGCCCUCGGUGCUAGCCAAGGCCUACGUCGACCUCAUCAAAACCUGGGGUUGGAACAGGUUCGCCCUCGUCUACGAGGACCACGAAGGUAUCAUAAGGCUUCAGGAUUUUCUGAAAGAGGCCCGGGGCAACGACUGGAACAUUCAGAUGUACCAGUUCCACUCAGGUCAGCCAUACCGGGACCUUUUCUGGAAGAUCAAGAAGACAAAAGAAACACGGGUUGUACUGGACGUCAAGAGGGAAAACCUAUUCAUUGCCCUAAAGCACGCGCAGCAAGUAGGAAUGCUUACGGAAAGCCACAGUUACCUCAUCACUUCACUCGACCUGCACACGGUGGACCUGGAAGAAUUCAAGUACGGCCAGACCAAGAUCACGGGCUACAGACUGGUGGACGUGGACAGCCCCGAGUUGCAGGGUUUCCUCAAGGACUGGGAGAUAAUGUCCUCCAGAAUGGAUCGCAGAACGCCCGUCCCGCAAACGAUAAGGACGGAGACAGCCCUAAUGUAUGACGCUGUAAAGCUAUUCGCCAUGGGCUUGCACCAGUUGGACUUGACCAGAGCGGUAGACUUUCCCGUGAUCUCCUGCGACAUGGCGGUAUCAUCAUCGGAUGGUAGUAGCCUCAUCAACCUUAUGAAGCCCAUCACUUUGCAAGGCCUGACAGGCGAGGUGAGCUUCGACCCUCAAGGUUUUCGAUCUACCUUUAAUCUGGACAUCAUGGCCCUAAAGAGUGAAGGGCUACAGAAGGUGGGGCGCUGGAACCCGAGAGACAACGUGACGGUGGAAGAAAACGUCACCUCGGAUUAUGACUCCCUUCUCAUCAAGGACAAGACACUCAUCGUGACGACGGUGCUGACGGAUCCUUACAUGAUGCUCAAGGAAUCCGCCGUCGACCUUGUGGGCAACGAUCGAUUCGAAGGAUAUUGUGUCGACCUUCUGCAAGAGCUUUCUCAGCAGCUGACCUUCAAGUAUGAGAUCCACUUGGUCAAAGACAGGGCCUACGGGCUGCAGAAUGAAACUGGCCAUUGGAGUGGCAUGAUCGGAGAGGUAGUUAGUGGGAAAGCAGACCUAGCCAUCGCAGACCUUACCAUAACUUCAAAACGCGAAGUUGCCGUCGACUUUACGAUGCCGUUCAUGAACACGGGCAUCAGCAUCCUCUUCAAGAAGCCCACCCAGAAGGUGACGACGCUGUUCAGCUUCCUGUCGCCGUUCAGUAUGGAGGUGUGGGCGUACGUGGUGGGCGCCUACAUCGGCGUCUCUGUGGUGCUAUUCCUCGUGGGCCGGCUCAGCCCCUACGAGUGGGACAACCCACACCCAUGCCGUCAGAACGACCAGGUUCUCGAGAACAGCUUCAGCCUGCUCAACUCUCUCUGGUUCACCAUCGGAUCACUCAUGCAGCAAGGCUCGGACUUGGCACCCAAGGCCAUGUCAACGAGAACAGUGGCAGGCAUCUGGUACUUCUUUACGCUCAUCAUGAUUUCAUCGUACACUGCCAACUUGGCUGCCUUCUUGACCGUCGAGAAGACGGUCUACCCAAUUGAGAAUGCCGAAGACCUCGCCAAGCAGAGCAAGAUCAAAUAUGGCUGUCUGCGAUCGGGUAGCACACGAGCAUUUUUUAACGAAUCCAAAAUCCCGACCUACAAGAUGAUGCACAAGUACAUGCUUGAUCACGAGAAAGACGUCUACGUCGAAACUGCCACAGACGGUCACACUCGAGUGAUGGCCGGGGACUAUGCCUUUCUCAUGGAAUCUGCCUCCAUCGAGUAUAUCAUCGAGAGAAACUGCAACCUCACACAAAUCGGAGGCCUGCUUGACAACAAGGGAUACGGCAUCGUCACGAGAAAAAAAUCCCCCUACCGGCAGAUCCUGUCCAGCGGCAUCCUCAAGCUGCAAGAGGCAGGGAAACUGCACAGCUUCAAGGAGAAGUGGUGGAAGGAGCGCAAGGGUGGCGGAAAGUGUGUCGACGACGCCAAGAAGUCGUCGGCGGUCACCGAGCUCAGCCUGGCCAACGUGGGUGGCGUCUUCGUCGUCCUCCUGGGAGGAUUGGCCCUCGCGUCCAUCGUUGCCGUCAUGGAGUUCUUCUUCAAGGCCCGAAAGAUGGCCAAGGAGGACUCGGAGUCCCUUUGCAAGGAAAUGUUGAAGCAGCUCAAAUUCGCCAUCUCGUGCCGUAGUUCCACGAUGCCAGUGAAAGGUGCCAAGCCUCCCGAGGUGGACAGCAACGGAGGCGACUACCGAAUCUCCACGCUGCCAUCGUUCACGUCGGACUUCUGAGAGACACUUUUUGCUCUAACUUGAUUCACUUUUUUUCCUUUCCUUUCACAAUUUUCAUCAGUUUGGUUUCUUUUCACUCGUAUUCGCCUUUAAAGUAUCGUGGACCCGCCUCGACCACUUCCAUUUUUGUCCGGUUUUUACUACUACCAAGAGCGUCGCGGCGGUGCAGCAACCACCGAAUCGAGGAGUACCUCAAAGUACACAGAGAAACCGCAAGCUUAGAUGUGACAGUUACCUGCUCAGUAGAAAGCUGCAGCCUACCGGGCAGCGUGUGCAGAACCUGCAUCACAACUACUACUACGUGUGUGGGUUUACGAGAAAACAUACCUAUACAUCUGUUUUCUCAUUGAGUUGUUGUAUCGUGACGUUGUACGCGUUUGUCAUGAUGUUUCUUUUUCUACGAUACAAUAUACGCGGAAGAUGUUUGAAAUGGUCCUCACACCGAUUGAUUUACAUAAGGGAGGUUGUUUGUACAGAUUUCGCUGCUGUAUAUAAACUUUAUGAUUGUUAGUGCACGUAAAAUUGCGUUAUAAUAUUAUGAUUAGUGGAUACUUUGUCGAAAUUUUCAUUUCCUUUUUAGCAGGCUGUACUUUAAUUAAGUACAAAGUGAUGCGUCUAGUGUUUAUUGCAGUUACAUAGGAAUGUAGAAUAGAAACCAAGGCAGUCCUACUUCUCGAACAUGGUGCCGUUGAUAUUGUGUACUGUUAUUGGUUACAAUCUACAACUUCCUUCUGUACAUGACCCUUUCACUCCUUUAACCUAUUACCUGCUUGCACAGUGCGCGGAGCGUUUUAAGAAAUAGUUAUUUGCUGCGUAAAAUGUCUUUCGAAUGUUACCAUCGAAAAUACUGUCUUAUUCGCGAAUUGCUUUGAAAUACUGAAUGGUAUACAUAAUGUGAGAGGUUAUCCUAACUUUUGUCUAAGAUUACAUCUAUUGUAUGAGACGAGAGCACGAGAUUCUUUAGUUACGAAGACACUCAUAUAAGACAUUCGAUAAUGAGGAAACGGAAACGAGGAAUUUUGUAGUUUUAAUUUAAAUGCGAGAAAGCUUGCGUUGUUUUCUUCAAUGCCGAAUCUUUACGGAAACUCAAAAACAAAUGAAAUGGGAACCAUUGUUUUAUAACAAAAAAUUCAAGAAAUGUGGAUGUUUGCGGUUAAGUCAUUGUCGUGUUAAUCCGCGUUACGAUCCGCGUUAAUAAUUUAUUUGGACGCUAUUAGCGUUGAGUGGAUCUCAUCCUCGUCCUUUGGUUAGUAAAUAAUGAAUACUAAGUACGACUGCGACCAUAAACUGCGAAAAGAAGCGAUUUAUGUUCACACCCGCUCUACAAAUAUUUGUAUUAAAAUUCAUUCAACAUGUUAAAAACAGAAUUACUGCAAUUGACGAAUUAAUCCGGACGUUACUAGUGAUGUAGAGCUGCGUAGCAUCGAUUAAAGGGGAAUCAUCUUUCCUAUUCUAAUUUAAAAUCAGUAGGAUUAACCUAUAAAACGGCCGGAGUAUUCGACGUGUUUAUUAGGACAGGGGCAUAAAAACAUUUUAUGAUAAAUUAAACGGUCUUGGUGCUUGCAGUGUUAGCUGUACACAAACUCAAGGCAAGACACAAAUAAGACUAUUAAGAACAUCGUUGUCAGGAACGAGCAAGUGCAUCAAUAUGGCACCUUAGAUUUAGAACGACCUGGUCAAAUUGAUAUAAGUGCAAUGCCCUGGGCCCCCCAAAUAACAUUUUUUGUUUCAGUUUCUUUAUUCUUUAUGAGUGUUCGAUGCAUUAAUAUAUUAGACAAUUCAACAUUAACGUAUUACACAAAAUUAAAAAUAAGUCGUUUUAUAUUUUUUCGCAAUAUCUCUUGUAGGGGUCGUUGGCUUGCUUCUUAAAAUAGUAGACGUGUUUUAAUGUUAUCGUCAGAAGGUUUGUGAAGGCUUACAAAGUACACGCAUUAACCUGUUAAAAAGUUUUUUAUACCUUAUUCGUUUCUAUAUUCAUGGCGGCUCUUACCCUAAUUUUUUUAUACAAAGAAAUUAAAAUAAAUUCUAAUUUUGGUUCAUGACCGUACGACUAAUCAGACACAUGGACCCUCAUUUUUAUUUUUAUUUUUUUGUUUUUAAAACAAAAAAAAAUGGCACGUGCCAAUCAAAGAUGUGCUUCUGAAAGCAUAUUUUUGCGACCCGAUUUCUCAGGAUCCGGCUGUAUGUUUCAUAGUCGCGACCAUUAAAUGUUACAGGUUAUAAAACGAGAAUUCGCCUCUGAAAACAAUAUAAGUAUUCCCGUGCCCUUGAAGUUUGUGAAUUUUUCUAUUCGCGAAGUUAACGAAAAUUAGAAGCUCGUGGGCACUAAGACCUUUACAGAAAUUGAACUGAAUUUCCAUGACGUUAGAUUACUUAGUUGAAGUUAUCUCAAAUAUUCGCGCUCGAUCCAUUGCCACCCGACCUUGAAAAAUGGGCAGUGGCACUUAUAAACAAACUAUACAAAGGAAAUGUGGAUUCGAUGUGCAGAAAACUCUCCUGCAGAAAUAUAUAAAACAAUAUAGUGUUAACAUUAAGUACUCCUAAUUAAGUGGUAGUACAGCUGAUCCAGAUUAUUCUUGAGAUAGGUUGACUUUUCCUGGCCUACUCUUAAAAUUGUUAUUUCUCCAGACAGGUUCAGAAUUCAACGUGCGCAGAAAAACAAAUUGUGAGUCCGCACGCAAAUUUUUUUCAUCAACGCUUAAGUUGUUUUCAGCGUCUUACGAACCUGUAAAACCAACGCAACCUAUAUUAUGUUUAUACUGCUGCUGUCCUCAGACACCGUAAACCCUCAAUCUUAGAAUAUAAAAAAAAAAUUUUUUUCUUCAUAAUUUGCAUGUUAUACUAACGACAUCAUUGUGAACUUGCCUCCGUCUUGCUGUGGCAACAUGAAAUACUUAAUUCAUCUGAAACAUACAAUAUUUAGUUCUAAAGCAGCAAUACAAUUAUAUACUAAAACUUUGCUCAAGUUUGCGGAAGUCUGUAAUUAUUUAUUGUUACGUUCCUUUCGCUAAAAUGCCUGCUUUAAAGUAGGCAGCUACACGGGAUCAUUGUGGUUCGGGCCUGGGUAGGGCCAAACUUUCCAACUUAAGGCACAGAUUAUCACAAAUCAUUUUAAAUAUCCAGUAAUGUAGAUUAUACCCACAACCCAAACAACCAAAUUGGUACGCGAUUCCACCUUUUUUAGAUAAUGUGUACUCUUAGAGACCAGUGAAAUACUGUAGAAAGCUCAUUACAGCAAGAACGGCAAGACGUAUAUGGCACUAUUGACUCCAUAUAUCUCGUGGAGUAUGCCUAACAUUUUUUCAUGGGGAUAUUUCAUGGCUAACCAUUCUAGAUAUCACUUAAUUACACUUUUUAUGUGUGCUUUGUGUUCUGUUAAAAAAAAAAACAACCCAUUCGUCGCUUCAUAGUUUCGAUGAUAGCUGACUUCUAUUAGAUGGUUUUAAUUUUUGUAAUACAAAAGCGUGUUCUAAAGUGAGUUACAUAUGUAAUAUUCGGUUUCUACGUAGCACAUGGCGUUCUUGUCUAUUCAGUGCUAGUGAUACCAUUUUUACAUCUUGCAAAAUCCGAUGUGUCAGAGUCAUGAUAUGUACAGAAUAGUAGGCCACCAUAGUUACAGUUUAUCCUCACAGAAGUUAUCUUCAUAUAACCUAAAAAAUGUUUCACACUAAACUCUCUCUGGUGCGUAUUAACGGCGGAAAUAGACGUGGCGCGCGUGGUCACAUCUCGAGUUUGUACAUAAAGAACUGCAGUGCACUGUUGGUUUGGAUGAAAUGCCUGGGAUUGCUCAUCGGUAGAGGUCGAAAGGAAAUGUUUUAUUUCUUUUAGUGUGUUAAAAUUGUUCGCUGCUCAUGUUUCUUUGGAUUCAAUUGGUUUUUAAAUACAAUAUUUUUAGCUGUUUGGAAAACAAAACUCACGAUAUCUAUUUACGGCUGGUGUUAUCUCAUGAAAGAUCUGCAGUUGUAAUCCUCCCAAAAAUGUCACAUUUUCACAGUACUUUACAGCCACAAAAUGCAUCAUAAAAAAUUCGUAAUACAGGUCCAGAGACAAAAUAUCAUUCUUCUUCUGCUCUAUUACGUUUUUGCUCUACAACUCGUAUAGCACAUUAACCAAACAUAAAUAUUUGAAUUAUUUUUUCGGUGUAGUUUCAAAAGAUUGGUAUGAUGCAAAAUUAUGUCAUGCGUGUUUUAUUUACCCCAUCAACUAAAAGGGAACGUCAAUAUAUACCUACCGGAAUCAUUUGAACAGUGAGUGGAAUUAUAAUUUGAUCGAUGAUCCCUGGUCUUGUAGUGUAGUAGAAGGCCAAUGUUGCGUUUGGCGUUUUCACUGUGGUGACUGUGUAUGAUACAGCGAUUGAUGAAUAAGAACCACAAUUGACACGUAACUAGUUUCUACUUCAACUUGCAUAAAAAGCUGACGCACUAGAGAUACCUCCUGGUAGAAACAGUUUCGCGUGGUACCUUUAAGUUUCUCAUCGUAAUAUUUUACGCAUGCUGACCCUAGCUAAUAGAGUAUAAAAUAUUAGAAUUUCUUAAUAUGUUCAACAGUACCAUUUUCUCUAGUAGAACAAUUAUACGGCGUUGAAUUUGUCUACGCAUUGGCGUUUUCCAAAGUUUAAACAACAGUUAUGUGUGAUAUAUAUAUGAUUAAACUCUGCGCUGAAACCUACAUGCGGUUGUCUAUAAUUAUCAUGAUGUAGUUUCAUUCAAGAAAUUACUUACCAAAUCACUGGAGGGUAGUCUCUUUGCAAUGUUUUUCUUUUGCUCUAUUUAUUUCUGCUUGAGUCAUCAAGAGAGUAGUGUUGACAACAAGUUUGGGAAAUUUGUUACUGAAGUGUUGUUUGGAUGGGUGCAGUAUCAUUUUGAUACAUUAUUAAAGUAUUUUAACUAAAUAAAAGCUCCGCAUCAAAUCACUUUCGUGUCGUUUCACACAAUCAACUACCUUUCAUCCAUAUGCCCUGUUUCGUUUUCCGGACUUCAUAAAAUUUAGCAUUGUAUAUGACUGUCAUAAUUUUAUUUAUUCUAUUUCUCUCAAAGUUCACAUUCGACUCCCAACGCAGUCCCUCCCGAAGAUAAGUUGUGCAAUUCAUUUGUCAUACUGUGUGCUGGACCAAAAAGUAGCUUUAAAAAAGGCAACAUUGGCGUUUCUAAAACAACGCAUCAUAAGAAGUUCACUAAGGAUUCUGGUUAACCUGGGGAUCCAAACCGUUGACACAGGUUUGCCGCCUGCCAAAUCGUCAGUUUUUCGAUUCCACCACGAGGGGGCCAAUGGUAACCGGCCACGCGAGCGGCGCUCCGCCGCGGAUAAAAGACCUUCGCGGCGUAUGCGCGGGGACUCUUGUGAUCGCAACGCGGGCGAUAAGGGAAUAAAUGACGGCGUAUU